GCUGUUAUGCAGUACAGUACCACAGUAGGCUGAUGUCGUCUGCUAUUUGCGUGUGCGAAAAUGUUUAGUAUUUCAAUCGGUUAUAGAAGGCACGUGAAUCGUGGUGCUGGAUGUGAAACUCAGUGAAAUUGAAUGUGUGGAGUUACUGUGUGCUUCACUAUAUCGUAUAAUUAUGGCGAGUUUUGAUAUUUCCGUUUUGUACUCUGAUGUGUAUGGUGUUACAUCUGAAAUUUCAGUUGGUACAGAUGAAUCCGAUGAUUUGGAAGGUAAUUCAGAUAGAGACAGUGAUUCGCUAGGGUCCGAAAAAAACUUUAAUUUCAAUGGGUGCGGUGCGAUGAUAGGCAGGAAUGUGGCACACAGUGCCGACGCUACUCUAGUGACAAUGGACACCACAUCUCGUGAGUUUGACAGUCACUGGAGAAGAGAAAUAAUAAGAACUGAAGAAUCUGGAAACGUGAGGAAGUAUAUCAGAAGUCAGUCUCUAUCGACAUUUCAACAAGUGAAGUAUACUGCUGGUGAAAUCCGGUGCAUAAGAGACCGCUUGUUGUUAGCACAUAAGAGCUCGCGUUCAGGUUCCCUGAGAAACUUUACUCGUAUGCAGAAAUUGACACUGACAUCGUUGGCAUUAGUCGACUUCACAAGCUUCUGUUCUAUGUCGAUCAUGGCACCCUUUUUCCCUAAAGAGGCUGCCCAAAAAGGAAUGAGUGACACCAUCUCAGGGCUAGUGUUCAGCUUCUAUGCCUUAGUAAUGUUCAUCUCUUCUCCUGUGUUUGGUAAAAUUUUGCCUCUCACUGGUGCAAAGUUUUUGUUCAUGACUGGAAUGUUUGUAGCAGGCAGUUGCAACUUCCUCUUUGGGUUAUUAGCUCGCAUUGAUUCAUAUACAAUUUUUACGAUGUACUGUUUCCUGGUGCGUGGAAUGGAAGCUCUGGGAGCAAGUGCCUAUGCUACCGCCAGCUAUGUGUUUGUUGUUGAAGUAUUUCCUGACACAAUUGGAACUGUUUUGGGCAUCCUGGAGACAUUUGUUGGGAUGGGGAUGAGCAUAGGGCCAGCAGUUGGUGGACUUUUAUACUCUAUCGGAGGAUUUGAACUGCCUUUUUACUCCCUGGGAAUCCUUAUGGUUGCUACAGUUCCAAUAAACUUUUGCCUGCUUCCUUCAACUGGUGCUGGAUCUAUAAACAAACAUACUGGUUCACUGCUGCACCUGGUGAAACUGCCUUCAGUGAUAGUGAUAAGCCUAGUUAUUGUUGUGGUGUCAAAUACUUGGGGAUUCCUGGACCCUACUCUUGAACCACACUUACGGGAGUUUAACUUGAGUGCUGAGGAAGUGGGUCUGAUCUUCCUGCUUUUUUCUGCACUGUACGGCAUAUUCAGCCCCAUAUGGGGCUGGCUUGCAGAUCGAGUUAACAAUCACUGGUCUAUGAUGGUGUGGGGUCUCCUUGCUUGUUCACUGGGGCUGCUGCUUCUUGGACCAUCACCUCUACUGCCAUUUCUUAACAAGUCACUUUGGCUUGUGCUGGUUGCUCUAUCUAUUCUUGGAGUUUCAGUGGCACUUACUUUGAUGCCAACAUUCCAGGGAGUCUUAGAGAGUGCCAUAGAAGGAGGCUGCAGUGAUGAGCUGAGUACAUACAGCAUGGUUGCUGGUGUGUGGUCGUGUAUGUAUUCCCUGGGGGAAGUUAUGGGGCCUUCUGUAGGUGGUACUGUUAUGGAGUACUAUGGCUUCCCUAUCUGUUCAACUGUUAUGGCUGGGCUCUCAUUGCUGUUGGCUGUGGUAACCUUGGUCUAUUUUUCGGUGAAGCAUACACAGCAGCACCACACCCGAGAGCAGAGCACUGACAGUGGCAUCAGUGAAAACUAUGAGAGUGAAAACAGUCCCCUACUGGCAGGGGCUGAAGCUGGAGACAGAAUCUCGGAUCAUACCUACACGAGGGAAAGAGCUCAGUUUUAUGGGGAAUCGAGUGAAGGAAAUGAAGCCACAGACUCCUGUCGAACAGUGUCUGUAACAGCAGGAGGUGCUUGUGAAGUAUAGGGUGUUGCACUGCAUACUGUAUCAUUUCAGAAAGAGAAAGAGAGAGUGAACCUGUAGUGUUAAUUUUUUUGUAAAUAUUCUGUUUCUCUUGGGGUUCCAUUGUUUCUUUUUAGCAACUUAUCUUUAAUUUUUCUGUCAUUUGAGUGACAUUGUACAGUAUUUUUUCCACAGUAGUCAGUACAGUUCAGCUACAUAGUUCCAGAGUGAUUUUAGAAAUUUUAAAAUUGCUGCAGUUGCAGUUGUUAGCUACUAAACAUUCAGAACAUACUUUUAUCUGCACCCAUUGAUAAAGCCUUCUCACGAUAGUCAUAUAAAUCUAAAAGACACAAAUGCAAGCCUAAUCAAAUUAUCAUUUCAUGUUGCAUUUCUAUAAAUGGUUAUUUCAUGCUGUGAGAAGCAAGAAUACAAAAGACAUCAGUCAUUACACAUAUAGAUUAUGUUUAAAAGAUUUCUGAUUGAGCAUGGUCAUGAACAUAUUGCCCAGUUGUACAAACACGUCUUUCCAAACUUUGGCUACUGGUACAUUGAGCCUCCCAGCAGAAGAACUUUCUACUGAAUACAAUAAUGGUCAAGUUGACAGGUGAUUCAUGGCUCUUGUCACUUAGAUUCAUUUGAUAGCUCCUACAACACCUGUUUACAUGCCUGUCUGCCUCUCGGUGAAUGCUCAGUACAGUGACUGACUGUCGCUGCUCAUCUCAGUAUUUACUCCCACUUUAUCUUCAAAUGGCAAGUAAAUGCUUUUAUUCAUCAAGAUUAUAAGAUGCAUUAAGCCUGUAUGUAACUCAUAGAAGAUUAUGUUUUUGUGUUGCUUCUUUAAGAGAUACCUGGAAGCAUAGGGUGUAAGAGCUCGAAAACGAAAAAUGAAAGAUUUAGCUUUUAAAUGAACAGGUGCAUGGAAGAUAUUUGAAGAAAUGAAGGUGUGCACAAUGGGACUAAUUAUAUUUCAUUCCAUUAAAUUGUUUGCAUAUGUGACUUGAACUGCACUUGUUGGGACUUACCCUUUCAUGCAAAACCUUUCCUCUUCAGAUUUUGAGGAAGAGACUAAUGACUUCUAAAGCUCACAGUUCUAUUUCUUUGUUUGUGUUCACUUACGUGCAUCAUAAGUGAAAACUGCUCUUUAUGCAUCUGUAUGCUUUUUAUGCAUGUGGAGAUAGUGGUUUUUAUUCUAACAUUCCAAUUUUAUGUUUAGUUUUAAUUUGCACAUAUAUUAUUGCUGUUGACUGGGUGAAGUAUUGACUAACAUUUUAAGAAAAUUUUCAGUUAAGCUGAAAGAACUAACAGUGUGAUAAUGCCUGCAGAGUGUGUCAUGUUAUCUACCUGAUUAUUUUCAUGAUCACUACUGAAAAUCACAUUGUUCCCAUUCUCUCAGACAUCUGCUUGUUCUGAACGUCAUUCAUACCUGAAUCAAUUCAUUGCCCCAAUUAAAUGUGUUGUUGUAGCAUGGUAUUUCCAGUGGGAGGCUAAUUGCUGGAUUAGAAAGCUCUCUUAUCCUGGAGUUUGAGUGAACUUCUCCUUCAUUUAAGCUUCUUCACUAUAUUCAUCUCUCCUCCUUCAGGAAGAAAUUGUCAGUUCAAAAAAUUAGAGUAAUUUUGUGAACCUUUUUGCGUGUUCAUUGGCAGUACUGAAAAUUUGUCCACUUGGAGGCAAGAUCUGGCCAGCAAUUCAUUUUCAUAAUUUUAUAAUUUUCUCAAAUAAAUUUUUCUUUUUUUACAGUUAUAACCAAAGUCCACACAGUUAUCUCUGCUAAGUGAAACUGUUCUAAAUUUAUGUCAAAUUCAAUAUUACAUUUUUCAUGUAAUUUGAUAAGUAAUUGUACACCAACAUGUCUUCUUCUAUUGUUAGCAGUAAUGAGAAAGAGAUAGCUCAAGACUGGUAGCCAGAUACUGGGAUUUACUGUAUCUGUAAAGAAAACAUGGUUUACGUAUGAUGGAUAUUAAGAGUGAGUUUUGGUCAGUUUCUCUUCCUCUCAGGGGAAAAAUUAUGUUUUAAAAUAUUGACACUCUGGUAAUUACACAGAACAUUUUGACAACACAGUUUUUCUGUUUGGAAUGCAUACAACCGUAUUUACCAUGUUUCCUUUCUGCUUUGCGUCGUUAGGUGGCACAUGUCACAACUGUGUUGCCAGACACAUAUAUCACCAACAGUUCAUUACCUGCUCAUUCUUGUACUGUUAUCACAUUUUGAAUCUUUCCAGUUAAAUUUGAAGGAAGAAUGAUUAGGCUUUAAGGUCCCACUGACUAUGAGGUCAUUAGAGUUGGAACUGUACUUGGAUUGAGGAAGGAUAGAGGAGGAGAAAAUCAGUCAUGCUCUUUCAAAGGAACAAUGUCAGCAUUCAACUGUAAGUAGUUUAUACAAGUCAUGGCAAAUCUAAAUCUGGAAGGGCAGAUGAGGAUACGAACUUGUGUCCUCUCAAAUAUUCAACUACAUUUGGUUUGCCUUGAUGUUCCCUCCACUUGUUCCAUUAUUAACUGUUCUUUUUCAUUUUAAUAAUCAUAUGGAAAAAUACAAUUAUUAUCAUGAAAAUGGGUCUUAGAUCUACCAAAAGCCAUCAUAAUCUUCGUACAAAGAUAAGUAACUAGACCUGGGAACAAACCUUAUCCAUUAACCACUGUUACAAUCAAUUCCAGGUCAGCCAACAGAAACAAAAGCAAAUGCUGGCAUCCAUUGUUUCAGGAUAUCUGUGCCUUUAUCUUCAUAACAGUUGAAUUUUUGUUGCCUUCAUUCAUUGUCUUUUGAUUGUAACAAAUGUCUGUCAGUUUAUCCAGACCCAACCUUUGCUUGAGUUUUAUCAUAUUUUAAGCAACAGACACUGACAAAGUAUGUCAAAUUUUAUCUCAUCCGGUUUCUGAUUACUCGAAUGACAGGUCUUAUUGGCGUUAACAGGGUAUUGAUGCUAUGACUUCUUUUCAGAUAACAACUUUUAGUUACUACUGUAUUUACUUUGUAAAAAUUGUCUGUAUUGGAUAUAUUUUGUACAUCUUUUAUUCUAAGUAAUGUUUUAAAUUAUUCUGUUAAAAUAUGAAAAAAAUUACUGCUACCACUUUUACGUUUUUGAUGGAUAAAACUAUGCUGAGUGUUUGGUUGUAUAAACAAGUCUGAUUUUGCAAGGUGCAUUUCCUUCCUGCAGAAUUUUUUCAUGAAGUGCUUUUUCUUCCAUAAACCAGCUAUUAAAAUUGAUACAUAACUUUUUUUGUUCACUGAGUGACUCCUCAUCAUUAGCCUUCAUGUUUUCCUCAAAAAUCUCCACACACCCCUACAGGUUUGUUCUGUGCCUUUCAUGUAUCAUUGAUGUAAAUGCAUUAAAUUACCAAGUGCCAACAUUGACUAA